AUGCAGCCAUUUACAAAUGAUUUCCCCCGUGCCAACAUCCAUGAGUUACUCGCACCUGACCUUCUCCAUCAAAUUAUAAAGGGGUCAUUUAAGGAUCAUUUAGUUGAAUGGGUCAAGAGAUACCUCUUGCAGGAGCACGGAAAGACACAGGCUAACAUCAUUCUAGAUGAUAUUGACCGACAGAUCGCAGUGGUUCCUCCUUUUCCCAGCCUGUGUUGGUUUCCGCAAGGACGCCACUUCAAACAAUGGACUGGCGAUGAUUCAAAGGCCCUCAUGAGGGUGUACCUGCCAGCAAUUGAGGGUUAUGUCCCUGAAGAUGUUGUGUGUGCAUUCAGUGCCUUUCUUGAGUUUUGUUAUCUCGUCCACUGCAACAUACCUACAGAGAAGUCCCUUGAGGAGAUCCAAGCUGCACUUGCUUGUUUUCACCAGUAUCGCAAAAUUUUCAAGACUACUGGAAUGAUUACGACAUGUUCACUUCCACGACAACACUCAAUGACUCACUAUGUGCAUUGUAUUCGACUCUUCAGUGCUUCCAAAUGGCUUUCAAAGCACAUUAAGGCAGUGAAGGAACCUUGGAGGCGGUCCAGUCGAUAUAAUGCGCUAGGUCAGAUGCUUCUGACUAACCAGUGUCUGGACAAGCUGGCGGUGUCACAGGUAGAUUUCUGCACUCGCAGAAUGCUCUCAGGUACCUGUCUAACAUCUGUUCUCGCAGCACUCGAUCCUGAAAACAUCAUGGACUGUCCUCGUUAUGAAGGAAGGAUCUGGGUGUUCAGUUCCACAGUGUCGACAUUCUUUGCACCAAGCGAUUUGAGUGGCAUGGGGGUUACCCAUACCCCCAUCCAUCCCUACAUGGGUGGAAUGAAACACGAGCACAUUCGCGUGUCCCCCAAUUGGAGAAAUGGGUGUGCACAUAAAGACUGUGUAUUUGUCAUUACUGACCCAACAGCUCAUGGAAUGCAAGGCAUGGAUGUUGCCCGAUAUCCAUGUGCAGUCGCCUGCUGGUUCAACCAAGUCGGUGAUGCACCAGAUAACCAGAUGGGCAUGUGGAUGGUCAAGCCAUCUUCCAUUGAUAAUCAUGCGCACUUUGCAGUGAUUCAUGUCAACUCGAUUUUUUGA